GUUGUCGCGGCUACGGUCAUCAAUAAUCAGAUAAUGGCUGCUGUUCUCCAUGCAGUAAAAUGUAAUUGUGCACAAACUGACGAACGGUCAACAAUUUUGCGGGAAUUGGCUGGGCAUUCAAAUGAAAUGACGUAGGCCUAACUGGGGGAAAAAGUGUGUAUGAAAUGUAAUCAGUGUUCCCAAUCUGAAUGGUUCUGCACAAGAGGUCAAGAUGAGAACUUAAGCUCAAACAAAUUGAGAUACAUUGUAGACUCCAUACUUAUAGCAGACAUUUCCAGGGAGUGAAGAUGUUCACCAUUCACCACCAGCCCCAACUAGCCCUAUGGCUCAGGGAACGUGAGAAACCCCAACGAUUGAAAGCCAUCAUGGAGAAGGAGAGAAAGUCAGAGUUCCUUCGAAAUGCAGAGGAGAAGGGUUACCUUCAGUCGCCAACGAAGGAUUACUUGCUCGAGCGAGGGCGGGGUAAAGCCAGUAAGAAAGAAAAGUCAGCAAAAAGGGCACCGUCAGUGUCGGACAUCCAUCUUGUGAAACUCUGCAGUGUGCAUCUCAUGAAUCUCGGACAGAUCCAGCUUCUGACGAGGUUGAAGAUCUGCAUCCUUCCCGGGAACUACAUCACCGGCUUCGUUGCCCUGGCCAACUGUGCGGAGCUUGUGAAGUUGGACCUUCACAGCAAUCAGAUCUCAACCUUACCGGGGCCAGAGUUCUGGCGCUGUCUGCCCAACCUGAAAAUCCUUCAUCUGCACAACAAUUGUAUCGGGAAGCUGGACAGUUUGCAACACAUGGGGCAGGCGGGGGGCAUUCAGGUUCUGACGAUGUAUGACACACCCAUCAGUUUGAAGAAAACAUACAGGCACCAUGUUGUUAAUAGCAUCUGGUCCAUAAAGGCAUUAGACUUCCACGUCAUCUCAGAUGAGGAAAUCAUCGAAGAUGCUUCCUUUGGUGGCCACUUUGCUUCCAUGAACCCAUCCUUCCACUACAACCCAGUACCACACUCCAAAAAGGACUCAACCUUUGAGGAUGAGAUGUCGCUAGUCCAGCAAGUCUUAGAGGAAGUAUCCAGCAUCCAGGCCCAUCACUCUCCUGUCCUCAUCAUCCAGAAAGUCAUUAAGGGCUUCCUGGUCAGGAGACGACAGAAGUUACUCCUGGAUACCAAAAUAUGGGCUUCAGUUUGUAUACAAAGAUUCUGGCGUCACUUCAAGGGUCUAGAAUGGAAACCCCCUGCCAAGCCAGCCACCCCUACGCACACCCCAGCCAAACCCCAGGCACAGCCCGCAGCAGCACCCACGCUGACCAAGGCAGACUCACCCCUACCCCCUGUUGCUCAAUCCAUCACCGAUGCUUCCACUGUCACUCGGAUUGACUACGAUACCUAUUUGGCCAACCGAAGACCUGGUUCUAAAACUCCCAGCAUUGUGUCCUCUGCAACGGCCGACAGGAAAGCAGCAAACUUGGAGGAGAUAAGAAUGACUGGCUAUUCAGAAGAUAAGGACACUGGCUUCAGCAUGCCAGCAAUGUCUUCAGCAACUCCUGGGAUCAGCGAGCCCAUGUCCUCCAUGCGGAAGCGAACCAACCUCCACAUUGACCUGACCAAACUCCAAACUGACACCAUGUUCCAGUCUGACGAAGCCAGACAGGCCAUCGUCUUUGAAACGAGCAUCGAGGAGGGUAUCAGUUCCUUCCUGGGUCUAAGCAAGCCCAGGGAACAAGGUUUGGAGCCAGUCAAGAGCUCAAAGAAACUCCAGAAGGACCGACGUCCUAAGGAGAAAAAGAAGGAGUUUAAGACAGUUAAGCAGAUGCUGGGGCCGUUACCAAACAGCCAACUGGAGAGAGAACGGGAGGAUGACAUCGACUCUGAUGAGGAGGAGCCUCCUGUCAAAUUUCGCCUCUCAGGUUUGAAGUCGGUCAUGCAUGACGUGGAUUUGCUGCAGGAGAUGUUAAUCGCUAGACGCGAGGCAGGUGAAGACAUCCGCAAUUCCCACAAGGAUGUGAUUGACAGGGCAUUGCAUGAAUCCAGGCAGAAACCGAUCAAGUCCAAAUCAGUGAACGCAGACCAGAGAUUGUUUGCAAGAGUCCAGGGCACCAUGGGAAUGUCUUGCUUGCGGGCCGUCCAGCAGGCUUACAGGGAUCGUGCUAAGGCCGAGAAGCUUGUAUCAACGGUCGACAAAGUGGUGUCUCUGCGGGAGAUGAAAGAAUCCUCUAAGCAGCGAGCCAGGAACUUCCUCGAGGAGAAACGCCUCCAAGCACUGAAGAAGAAAGACAUGGAUGCCAACAGUAUUGCAGAGUCUCUCGAAAGGAGGGCUAACCUUGAGAAGGUCGAGAAAGCUCAAAGAAAAGAACGUCGCUCAAAAUCUCAUGAGAUGUCUAAAAGUUUCAGCCAAGACAAAUCUUUCGCUGUGGACUUUACUGGGCAGCAUACAUCCAUCUCCAAUGCUUUACUGAGACAUGAUCGCCAAGCAAAGGACGACAUGGCACUCCAGGGCAAUAGAGACACAGUUGAGGGAGAGCGGGAUCACAACAAACGCCAACUUGAGCUCGUCCAGAAAUACUUAGAACACAGACAGAUGAUGCGACAGGCUCAAGUAGCCGUUGAGCGAGCUGCUCUAGACACCAGGAUGCUCCAAGAAGCAAAUGAGCGUCUUAUGGAGGCCAGGACUCGGGUAACUCAACAGAAACAGAAGUCUAAAUCCGUCCAGGCUUUCUACCCCUUGCCAAGGACGGCCACUGACCCUGUCUUACCCCCUGUCAAUCAGGAGGGUAAACCGGACCGCUUCCAUACCCUCAUCGCUAUGUAUGAAGGGAGGGUGGGAAAUCACCCUACAGUGGUUAGGACAUAAUUUCCGGUUGACUCAAUAAAAGGGUUUAGCUAAGCACAAAACAUACUGUUAAAUUGCUUUCUGGGUAGUUUUUGGGUAAUUUAUGCAUGUGUUAUUCCAUUAACAAUUCACUCAUCAAAAUGUUAUUUGACUUCGUUUUUGGUUUUAAUUUAUUUAUUUUCAAGAGGGGGAGUUACAAGAAUCAGCAUUUAUUUUUUUUCUAAUCGUAAAUUUUGAUUAUGAACAGUUGGUGGCAAAAUAUUCUUGAAUGAUGCACCAGUUUAUUCUCAACCAUCUUUAAACA